GGACUCCUUAAGUCAUUGCCAAUUGUGCAAGAGUGUGGGAGACGUGACUUGGAAAGCCCCAGAGCUGUGUAAGAAGCCCAGUGUGACAGCAGGAAGAAGCCUGCAGUGGUAGGACCGCUCACAAAUCUUGGCUUUGGUUCUGCUCCUCUUCUGAAGGACAAUUAUGCUCUGUUCUGCAUCACCGCAUGUAGCGGGUUCAGUGGUGCAGGUACCAGCAUCCUACAGAACACUAUCUUCUCCGAGUGGUGACACCCCAGACAACCAGGGAUAACAUGAAUUUCUGGACCCCUUUUCCAGAGGAUGCUUUGUGUGAGGCUUGUGUCUUCAUUUCCUCUGACUUCUGGAGUCAGAAAAGACUAUUCUUUCAGACAUCCUGUUUCAGAAGCAACUAAAAGCUAAUUUCUGUUCUCAUCACGCCAAUGUGCCUUGCUAAAGUCCAUGGCUAUCCUAACCACAUCCUGGUCAGGAUAACCAGGACCCAUAUCUGGAUGCCUCCUUCCUCAGGUGAUGCAGAAGCAUGUUCCAACCAGAAACUCAUCAGGCAUUAUUUCAGUUUGCUGUAUGUGUCCAGCAGCCACGAAGGCCUGGGAUGAUUUUUGGAUUUUCUUCCAUUAACACUUAACUUCAUUAGUUGGUGUAAGACUGCGUGGCACGCAGUUAAUUAGUAAUGAGCACUGGUGCACCAUCAGGCAUCUGUUGUGUGCUGUGAGCAGCUGGAAAUGGAGACCAGGGAUGAGCUCUGCCCUCCCAGCAAUAGCAGCAGUGUCGCGUGGUGGUGUUUGCUACUUGAUUUCUCCGUCUCUCCACUGUACUCCUAAAUUUAGAUUUCUGCUACAUGAAUUGUGGCGGUGGGAACCAGGGAUUGGAGGCUCUCCCUGGCCUGUGGAAACUGUCUGCUGCUGGGCAGUUCAGUCUCAAACCAAGAGGAAAUAUGUCCAAAAUGAAUAAUUGCACGUGGUGAGUGAUAAACACAUGAGAGCCCAAAUACUCUACUAGCAUCCUUUGAUCCUACCUUCCUGAAAACCCAAGGGAAUCCCAGACCCCCAGCACUCGGGUGGGUUGGCGUGGGGGUGGAUGCUGCCCUUCUACCUGCUUGUGUCGUCCUUCCUGCAGCCCAUCUGGCUGCAAACCCGCUGCCCGGGCAUCAACAGCACCGGCACGCUCGCUGUACAGCCUGUGCACUGCGAAAUACAUUCCAGCUGUGAUCAGCUGCCUCAUUCCCAGCCAGAAUGGAUGUGGUAGAGAUUGAUUUCUUUUUUUAAAGAAAACAACCUUCGCAGUAUAAAAAAGCUUCAGCAUAAACCCACCAGAUCUAGCAAGAUUUUCCCACAGCCUUUGGCAAGUCGAGAGCGGAUUGUCGGGGUGAUGUCUGCGUUACAGCGCUCGGCAACACGCUUCACACUGAGCUCAUGUGGCUGGGCCACGCUCCAGUUUAUCGAGGAUUUCUGACUGUCGGAACUGUAGUGCUUCGAGUACCUCUGGGUAUUUCAUUCCUCUCCGUGCUGCAGCUGAUUUAAACUGUAUGUUUCCUGUCUUUAUCUCCAGACAGUAUUUCUUGCCGGGGUCUGUGCCACCCACACCUUUGGCACUGUCAAACUCAAUCCCUGUUGCAAACCUGGUUGUCGAUGCUGAUGCGAGACGGCAGCCGAAGGGACUGCUGCUGAAUACUGAGAGAAAGAGAAAGGAAACAGCAUGUCAGAGCCCCGGCAAGAUGCAACGAGCAGCUGGGAGAGGCUGUGACCGAGCUGCUCUUUCCCAGGGAGGAUUCUCCACCCCGUCCUGGGUGGGAUCUUGGCAGUCUUGCUUAAAACCGAGCAUACGGGGUUGGAGUUCUGUUACCCCAGGCAGGACUUACUUUCUGGUAAGGGACACAGGAAUGACUUCUACACAGGACAGCGAUACAUUGAAGUUCACUCUCCCCAUGGAAGAAAUUGAAGCCAGAGAAGCCUGUGACUGGCUGAGAGCAGCUGGAUUUCCCCAGUACGCUCAGCUAUUUGAAGAUAUGCAGUUUCCUAUUGAUGUAAAAACUGUGAGGAAAGAUCAUGAAUUUUUAGAUGGAGAUGAGAUUGAAUCACUGUUCAGGCGAUUGAACACGUUGAACAAGUGUGCAUCAAUGAAAGUGGAAAUAAGCCGUCAGAGGAAACAGAGUAAUGACUCUGAAGAUGAUGAACCCUGUGCAAUAAGUAACAAAUGGGCUUAUGAGAGGUGCAGUCAGAGAUGGUCUCGUAUCAAGAGCCUAGAAGUCUUCCCAGGAGAGGACGGUGCCAGCGCAUCAGUCCCGGGCAGUCCAACACUGAAGAGCACCAGCAGCGAGGCUGUUGUCUUUCUGGAUCAUGGCGAGAAACAUGAUGCGUCCUCAGUUCACAGUACUAGCAGUGGUGACAGUGACGUUAUCAUCUUCCCAAAAGCUUUUGAAGCUGUGGAAACCAGUGCGAGUUCCUCAAGAUAUUCCUCAAUUAAGGUAGCUUCACUGAACUCUACCUUUAGUCGUUCUUCUCCACCCUGUGAAUAUUUAAAUAUCACCAGUGAGGAGAAGCUUUUGGAUAAAUCGUCAUAUAAAAAGAGGAAUAGCCUUCUAAAGAAAAUCGAGAAGUUGCACUUAAGGAGUUGCAACUUAAGGAGUGGUCAGUCAAAGGCCAAACCCAUAAUAAGUGAACCUGUCCUUCUGGAAGGACUUAAUGAAGAAAAGAUGAAGAUGCUGAACUGCGUAAAUAUUUCCGACCUCUUUAGCAUCCAAACAAAGAACAAUUCUUCUCUUUCUCCCCAGAGCUGCGAUAGCAGCAAUCGGUUUGAAACCAGCAGCACAGUGAGCACUCCAAGUCCUGUUAUAAAACCACAGGGUCACUGUGAUGAGAGGGGGGUGUACACAGAGGACUUGGAUUCUAGCAAGAUCUUGCUAUGGAAUGAUCUACCUCAGCAGAACCUAAGAAAUUACAUGAAGUUACAAACAGACCAGAUUUUUCACGUACCACAAGACCAUAAACCUGGCACUUUCCCCAAAGCACUUACAAACAGUUCCCUUUCUCCUGUAGAUGAUUCUUCCGUCAACUGGAGAACUGGGAGUUUUCAUGGAUGCAGGAGAAGCCGGAGCAGAAGCAGUUCCAAGGACUCCAGAGCGCCCAGGAGCCCCCUUUCAUGCACAAAUAACAGGCUAAGCAUAUAUGACAACAUACCCAACAUUGAACUUGAUAAGUUGGAGGCAAUAGAAAUUGGUGAUGAUGAUGUCUUUUCAGAACUGAACAGUGUUAUAGAAGAUGUCAACAGUCUCAAAAAAUUGGUUGAUCAGUGGACAGAGAAGUUCACUGUUGAUGGGGAUUUGGACUUAGCCAGUGACUUGGCCUCUUUAUAUCCAUCCUCAAAUAAAGAAAUGUCUCUUGAAACAGAGGGCUCAGAAGAUAAGACAGCAGACCUCCCAACCACUGAGGGAGAGAACAGCUAUGAACUGGGCAAGGAUGUUGGUUCUGCACAGCUGGCGUACAUGACAGACUCUAAGAAGACCAGCAGGCAUGGGAAGCAACAGUGGUCUGUGGAAGACAGCAUGAACUUGGAAAGCCUUUCCAUCCAGACUGAUAGCCAGUCAGCCGCCCAGCUGGCCCGGACACAAAAACUGGCUUUGCUAAAGCUCACUGCUCUGAUGGACAGAUACUCCCCUUCCAGCAAGCAGGGCUGGAACUGGACUGUACCAAAAUUCAUUAAAAAAGUAAAAGCCUCUGACUACAAGGACAAAAAUGUGUUUGGGGUUCCUUUGCUUCUGAACGUCCAGCGAACAAGCCACCCGCUGCCUAAUGGCAUACUGCAAGCACUGGACUAUUUAAGAAGCCACUUUCUUGACCAGGUUGGCCUGUUCCGAAAAUCCGGUGUUAAAUCCAGGAUCCUGUCUUUAAGAGAAAUGAACGAAACCAACCCAAACAAUGUCUGUUACGAGGGGCAGUCAGCAUUUGACGUGGCCGAUAUGGUGAAGCAGUAUUUCCGAGACCUUCCAGAGCCAAUAUUUACCAGCAGGCUCUGCGAAUCCUUCCUCCACAUCUACCAAUACGUGCCGAAGGAUCAGCAGUUUCAGGCUGUCCAGGCUGCUAUUCUCCUUCUCCCAAAGGAAAACCAAGAAGCUUUGAAAAUUCUCCUCUUCUUUCUGCGAGAUGUGGUCGCUUUUGUUGAGGAAAACCAGAUGACCCCAACCAACAUCGCAGUCUGUCUUGCACCUUCCUUGUUCCACCUCAACACCCUGAGACGGGACAGUUCCUCCUCCUCCACUAGAUCCAGUCAGAGGAAGUGCAGCUUGGGGAAGCCAGACCAGAGGGAGCUGAAUGAGAACCUGGCAGCAACACAGGGCUUGGCCCACAUGAUAAUGGAGUGCAACAGGCUCUUCCAGUAAUCUGGAACUGGACCUUGACCCACAGACUGACUUCCCAGCUUGAUCUCGGCCUUUCCUCAUCAUUAUGGACUUUGCUGAAGAUUACGAGGCUGUGGCUGACCCUGGUUGUUGACUGGACCUGAUCCUGACCUCUGCUACUGACUCACCUUCCUGGCUCAACCUUGGAUGCGUCUACUGAUCUGGACUCUUGGCUGAGCUUGGCUGCCACCCCUGGGGCUCAGGUACUGUGGGACUGGGCGGCUGCUCUACCAGCCCAGUUAAAUCCCACUGGUGUCCCAGCCCCUGUCCCUCAGAGCUGCGGGCCUUUGGUGCACCCCAACAGUCAGCUAAAGCCUUCUCGUGCUCCACUCCAGCACCACGGCUGGGCAGGGGCUGCUGCCCCAAGGCUCCCCCAGCACUGAUCUCCCCAACCAGCUCUUUGCUUCCAAGAGACAAACCCACCCCACAUCCCCUCACCAAGCCUGGGGUCCAGUGUCUCCACAGCACCAGUUCCCAACCUAGGCAGGGCUUCUAAGGGACUCCCCCUGCACCCCAGCCAUGGGUCCCCACUUCCUCCAAGGCUGUCUGAGCCCUUCUGUCUGGCCCCAGCCCUGUUGGGGUGCCCUGGUGCCAGCUGCCUGCCCUGCACCCUGCCUGGUGACGCAGGAGCUGGCUCAUCACUGGCUGCAUGGCCCCCCCAAAACAGCCCUCAGUGAGGACUCUGAGCCCACAGACAUCCUGGGGUGCUGGGCCCAUGCUGGCGUGUCCACUGCCCUGCCAGAGACUUGGGGAGCACCCAGAGGAUGUGACCACAAGGAGAGGCUGCAGGCUGCUCCAGGACUGGAGACACACUUGCUGCUCAGGACCCACACGUGGACGCUUGGCUCUGCUUGAUCACUGUGGCCAUUGGUGACCUGCAGAGGACACUGUUACCACCACCAAACACGACUCUGCCUGGCUUGGAUGCUCCUGCAAGUGGCACUCAGUCGGUUGCCACCAUCCCGGAGUUCCCGUGCACCUCCCGCAGGACACACCUACAUCCUCUGCACAGGCUUAAUCCCAAGGAUGUCAAAUCCUUUGGCCAUGAUGGUGGCAGUGGCUUCACACAGCAGGAGCCUCCACAUGUUCACCUUCACGAUCUGGCCUGCAAAACACCAACAGAGG